AGAUGUGUUGAGUGUGCCGGCUGGGCCAGAGCGGACAACCCUCCCAAAACACUUCACUACACUGCGCCUCAAGUAGCCCAACUGAAUUGUGACCAGAGCAGUCCCUCAAUGACCUCGACCUCUGCAAUCUCAAACUUUUGUUUUCCGAACAUGGAGCCUUGCAGAAUACCAAGGAACUGAUAUCCAUGCGGCUUCCCAACCACCAUGGAGGAUGUCCCAGAGCGGGGAGGAGGAAGAGGCGUGCUGGAGGGUCACACGCACAAACUUGGUCCACUCUAGGAUGCUCACCGCAGAUUUGAACGAAAAUCGAAAGCAAAAUCUUACAACACAAAGAGGAGGGGCGGGAACUAUUUUUCACAGAGAAGGUGCAGCGGAAGAAGACUUGUCAGUACAGCUGCCAGACAUUCAACUGGAGGUAGAUAAGUGGGACAGCGAGUCAGAGAGACCAGACGAACUCAACUGGAAACAGGCCCUGGUGGACGGUGCUCCCCUCCCCACACAUCUGCGCCCCUUCUCCAGUCCAGAGCAGUACAGACUGGUGAAGCAGACGUACCAGCAGCUCCAGCACAGCGGCUACUACUGGGGCGCCCUGUCCAUGGAAGAGGCCCACGCCAUGCUGUCGGAUGCACCCUUAGGCACCUUUCUCAUCAGAGACAGUGUCCAGCCCGACGUGUUCUUCACUCUGAGUUACCGUGGUGACGAUGCCCCCACGAGUGUCCGCGUCCUGCUCAACAAGGACCUGCAGUACAGUCUCCAUGGCAGCCGCAGGACCUUUCCCUCCCUGUUUGCCCUGCUCACCCACUACACCGGCCCCACCUGCAAACUGAGUGUGCCCCACCGCAAAGAGCGCCCUGAGCGUCUCUCGCACAUGUGUCGCCGGGCCCUAGUGCGUAUCUACGGUGCCCACAACAUAAGGACUGUGUCUGGACUCAGCACAAAGGAGAAACAGUCUAUUCAUUUUUAUCCAUACUCUAUUUAGAAUAUAGAGAUAUAUAUUUUUUAUAGGAAAGCAGAUUUUUGUAUUAUUUAUAAGAGAUUAGUCUGGUUGGUUAGUAGUAGUUCUACUAGACUCAUUUUGGAAAGCUAGUCUUAACUAAUUUGGACAGUAACCGGGCUCUUAAAGGCAUACUGUGUAAAUUUUCUAGUGGAGGACAUGCCACUUGCUUGUCUCCAUAGAGAUAUUAUUGCUUUACCUGGAGGGUUCCACACCAUGGUAUUCAACUUAUGCAUGUUGCAUUCAAUUACAGGAGUUAUUAUUGAUAUUUUGUAACUGCUGUCAUCAAUAUUCACAGGGGUUAUGAUGCUAACUGUUAGCACUGCUCUGUCUGAGGCUUGUUCGACUUUAAUCUGAGCUUUAUUUUAACACAAUCUGACCAGAAAAAGCUGGUUUAGUUGGAACUAGAACAGGUGGGCUGAUUUAGUGCUGUUAAACAAGUCCCACUCAAAUGACAUUACAGUCACAAGCUAUCUAGCAUUAGCCAACAGUUUUUCAGUUAGUCACUCUCACCUUUUUUGUUGAAAAUCACACACCUAAACAGGACCAUGAACACUCAUAUGAUCAUAAAUUCAUGAAAAUGUGUUGUUUUAAUCCAUUUUGUUUAUUUUGUUUGUUUUUUGAGUUUGCAGACCAUCUUAAAACUUGUAACUGAACAUUUCACCACAUGAGAUUCAUGUAGAACACCCCCAGCAUGAUGUCACUGUUUAAGUCUAUCAGAUGUUUAAAAAAAAGUCUUCUUUAUGUGAGCAUGGUCACCUUUUCACAGAUUUGCCUUUGGUUUUGUCUGCAAUAUGUCAUAUUAUGGUACGUUCUAAAAAGCAAUCUCUAAAGCAAUAGCAUCUCCAUGGAGAUGACAGAUGACAAACACUUCACCAGAAAAGUUACAUAGUGUACCUUUAAUCCUUUUUGCACUCCAAAAUAUUGACAUGGUUUAUGCAUGUUUGAGUUAGUCUUGUUAAAAGCUCCAGUAUAUUCCUUUUCUGGUGUAAGGCUCUGCCUCCUGCUUGUCGCAUGGAGAUGUUAUUGUUUUAUCGGAAAUGUUACACAGUAUGGCUUAGCUACCUCCAUGGAGAUAUGGUACUUCUUCAUUGCUAGGCUAAAAACAUCUGUUAUUGAAUAAAUGCAAGAGAGACUUGUCUAAUGCCAAUUGUUUACAAUUCCAGACAAAGCAAUAACACAUGUGUGUCAAACUCAAGGCCCGGGGACCAAAUGCGGUCCACCACGUCAUUUUAUGUGGCCCACAAGAAGGUAAAUUAGAAGGCAUGACUGUCAUUUUAAAAAUAAAUCUAUGCUGCUUUAAGGUGUGCAUUAACCAUAAACUAAUUAGAUUUUCCCAACAAGUGGAAAUGAGAAAUAUUUGCAAAUAAUGAUCCCAAAAUGUUCAGGAAGAGGAAAAUUGUAGGAAUUUAAGGCAGUUUCAAGAAAGGUGAAGGUGAAUACAAGAGAAAAACCUGUAUGCUUUUUCUGUUAUGAGGCGGGGUCGGUUGUGAAAGAAACAGUCUACGUCGGCAUUUUGACUCCAAACAUGGAGCCAAGUGUGCAAAAGUUAGCCAUCAAGAAAAACAACAAACUGUACAAUAAUUAAAAGGCUGUUUUUGAAGCAGUGCUGAAGGUCUGUGAGCAGGUGUGCCCCGAUACACACUUUUUAAAAUGUCUGUGUGACUGUGUAUCCCUUGAUAAACUGACAUGUAAUAUUUGCAACUUGAAUUAUUUAACAAGUUGAAAAGUAGUUUACAUGACAUUUGGUUACAUUUAGUGACAUUUACACUGCCUCACAGUUACAUCUGGCCCUCGAUGGCGGCCAUUUUGCUGAUGUGGCCCUCGGUGAAAAUUAGUUUGACACCCCUGCAAUAACAUCUCCACGGUGGCGGACCCCCUUCCAGAAAAGUGAUUUAGUGUAUGUUUAUAUAAACAAUAAUACUGAAACCACAUAUACACUUUAAGGAAGCCUUCUUUGCUCAUAUAAUAGUACCGAUAUUUGUGGGGGGCACUGUUGAUGACCCAGACUGAGACUAUUUUCAGAAUCAUGGGAUGCUGUAUAAGACAACAGUUACACUCACCAUAUGUCACACUUAGUUUUGAAAGAAUGUUGUCAUUUUUGUGUCAUUAUUUGUACUAAAGAUAUAUGAUAACUUAUACAAUAUGAAUGUCACAACCUGAAUAAUACAGAUAUCACACAAUCUGAGAAAUACAGUUAGCAUCACACCACCAGGGAAUGUGAUGAGAUCAGCUGCAAAGUAUCAAUAGUAUUCUGAUAACGGAGUACCUUACAAUAUACAAUUUAAUUCAUGUAUACAGUAAUUGCUAACUAAAUAGAUGUUCAAAGCAUUCGUCCCAACCCUGAAAAUAUCACCUAUCAGACUCUUUCUUUAUAAACUGUUGCCACAUUUCUAUGCUGUAAAGUUGUUGUAGUUGUUGUUUUCUUUCAUUGGUUAUGUUUUUCACCAACUUGAAACGGUUCGUCAUGGAGUGAUUUUCCAAAUGAUACUGCUUGUAUGUUUUGUUGCCAGUAAUUAUCACAGCCUAUGAAGUGAAGAUAAGUCGUAAAAAAGUUCAGUUCACAAAUAUUAUCAAAGGUCGGUAGAGUAGCCAAAAGCUGUAGUUAAAUAAGAGUAAUGUUACUUCACAAUAAUUAGUGGUCCAAGAAAUUACUCAAGAGUAAAAAAGCAUUUCUAAGGGAGUGUUUGUAAGGGUAGAGUAAUGGAACUGUGUGGGAUUGUUUUUAAUGACUAAUGCACUUUGUGAUUUGGCUGACAUGUGAAAUGAAGGAGCUCAUUGGUCACUUAUGAUUUACAAAUAAAAUCAAAUUUAUCUCACCUCAGAUUUAGUUUAGUUCUUCGCUUAUUGAUUCUGCAGAAAUCUGUGAGGCUUUUUCAGCCCCUUGUGAUAUAUAUAUAUUUAUUUAUUAUUUCCAAUAGGAAUGGACCAUGCAUGUCCCUGAUUGGCUAAUCCACCUGUCAAUCACAGCCAUUUGAAAAUGGGGCGAUUCACAGGUGACCAGAUUCACAUCGUCUAAAGUAUUGAAACAAGUGUGUAUUCUGGAUCCCAGGUUACUUUGUGUUAUGUUUUUUUUUUUUUUUUUUUUUAAUGAAAUGUGCUUUAUAAAUAACAUUAAAAAAACAAAAUAUAUUUGAUUUGAAAAGUAUGCUGCGAGAAACUUACUCUGAAAAGUACCAUUUCUUUAAAAAGUGAAUGUAACUGAGUACUACCUAUCUCUGGAUAUUAGCAACAAUGUCAUACCACUAUUGGUCAACAUAAUUGUAAAUACGAAUGGACUUUAAUGAUAUGUUUUACCUCCUAUGUUGUUGUAUUGUAAAAAAAUAAAAUAAAAAAUCUAACAACAAAGUCCAUGAUGACUUGCCUUACAAUACUGCAAAGUCACAUCCAUUAUUAUACUUAUGAAGCACUUUCUGUAAGCAGAGGUGGGUAGUACUCAGUUACAUUUACUUGAGUAAAAGUGUACUUUUCAGAGUAUUUUUUCUAGCAGCAUACCUGUACUCCUACUUGGUUCCU